AUGGAGGAGCUCAAGGAGGCUGAGCUCCGUGCAAACGUUUUUCUGGCGGUGGACGAGCAGGACAAAAGGCAGGGCGAUGCAGGCAUCGCAGCCAGGAGCGACACCAGCCGGCGCGACGCCCUCGCUGCCUCCCGAGAAGGCGGCGUGCUGCUGGACCUGGUGCAGGAGUUCAUGGGGUGGGCGGACCUGCGCUUCACCGCGCGGGUCUUUGAAGCCGAGGCACGCCGCGAGGCCGCGCACCCGAAGCAGCGGCGGCAGCUGGCGGCAGACCUGGGCCUGCCGGCGGCGGACGGCGAGGACCAACCGCUGCUGCUGUUGCUGCUCAAUGCAGCGAUGCAAGGGCAGCAGCUGCAGGCGCAGGCCGGACGGCAAGAAUCGAAGGGCGAUGUCGGGCCCCAGCGGCGUGGUCCGGCGGGGACGGGCCCAGGGCUCAAGCUCCCACUAGGUGCGCUAGGCGCGGGGAUAGGCGCCCCUGUACAGCCGCUGGUGAGUUCAGCUGAGCAGCUGGGCAGCGCCGCGGCGGCAGACGCACCGCCGCUGCUGCCCCGCGCGCGGGAAGGCGCGGCGGCGGCAGACAAUGGCGGGGAAGGCGGCGGCGGGGGCCUGAUCGCAGCUGAGCGUGGCCACGGAGGGGGUGGCGGCAAGAGCAGUGCUGAAGGAAGUGAGGAGCAGCAGGAUGAGCAGGAGCAGGAGCAGGAGCAGCAGUGGCGGUGGGGCCAGCAGCAGCAGCAGCAGCGGCGGCAGCAGCAACAACAGCAGGAUGACCAGCAGCGGCGGCGGCUGUUUGCCCGCGGCAGCGAGGACGAAAUGCCUUCAGGCAGCGGCGGCGGCGACCCAGGGACGCCAAGCGAUGACAGUUUUGACGCGCCAGCCCUUCCUGGGCUCAGCCCGGGCCCGACUGCUGACACAGCAGCCUCCAACCUGCGCAGCAGCGCCGCCAGCGCCGCCGCGGCCGGCGCCGGCAUGGCGCCGCCGCUGAGCCCUCCGGGCUCGGACGGGCCGGGGGACGCGCACCGAUUAUUCAGCGACGACUCGCCUUCGCCUGGUGAGAGCGCUGGCUCCCCGCAGCAGCAGCACAUCCCCGAGCCCUCCGCGGCGCCUUGGAGCGCGGGGAGCGCCGCGCAGCCACAGCGCCAGGCGCAGCAGACCGAGGCCCGCGGCGCGCCCCCCGCUGCGUGGGGCGCCGGCGCCCGGGGCCCGCAGCCGCAGCGGCCGCAGCAGCUGCAGGAGGGCGGCGGCGGCGGCGGCUCUGCUUAUGCUAUCGAGCGUGUCAUAGACGACAGCUUUGAGGACGACCUGCCAGAGGAGCUGCCCAGCGAGGUGCAGGACGAGGAGUCGUCGCAGCUCUUCACGGUCCUGCGCCCCGCCGCCGCGCCCGCACCCGCGCCUGGGCCCAGCACCGGCGGCCGCCCGACUGCUGCCGCUGCCGGCCUGCGCGGCUCGGAGGAGCUGCGGAUUGAGGACAGCGGUGCGUCUGAGUCGUCCGGGCGCGGCGGCGGCAGCAGCGGCGAUGGCGAUGGCAGCGACGACGGCAGCGAGUACUUGGCUGAGAGCCUGAGGGUAGGCGGCGGCGCGGCGGGUGCGGCGGCCGCGGCGGGGCCAGGCGCCGGCUUCUUUGCGGGGGGGCGGCCGGGCCUUGAUGGGGAUGACGAAGACGACGACGAAUUUUGA